AUGUAUGAUGCAGGGGAACUCAUCUUGCUCGCCAAGCACGUCAAAACCGUAGAAUCCCUCCGCCGCUUCCACGCGCUCACGGUGACGUGCGGCCACUCAACCAACCUCUUCAUUGCUGCAAAGCUCAUCUCUCUCUAUGACUCUCUCCAAAACGAACACGUUUCGUGUUCCACUCUCUUCCACUCUCUUCCCUCCAAAGACACCUUCGUCUACAACUCCUUCCUCAAAUCCCUCUUCUCCCGUUCCCUCUUCCCCCACGCUCUCACCCUCUUCUCACACAUGACACGCGUCUCCAACCUCUCUCCCAACCACUUCACUCUCCCCAUCGUUGUCUCCGCCGCUGCGCACCUCUCGCUCCUCCCCCACGGCGCCUCGCUCCAUGCCCUCUCCUUCAAAACCGGCCUCUUUCAUUCUUCCUCCGCCUCCUUCGUGUCGUUUUACUCGCGCUGUGGUGAGAUGGACCUUGCAUGCAAGGUGUUUGAUGAAAUUCCUGUUCAGGAUGUGGCUGCUUGGACUGCACUUAUCAUCGGCCACGUGCAGAAUGGGGAGCCGGAGAAGGGUUUGAAGUGUCUACGUGACAUGCAUGAGGUUGGUGAGGAUACUCAAAAGCCCAACGUUAGAACGUGGGAGGGCGGGUUUCUUGCGUGUGGAAAUCUGGGAGCUGUGAGAGAAGGCGCUUGCUUGCAUGGGGUGGUUAUCAAACACGGGGUUGCUUCUUUUCUACAAUCUUCCGUUUUGGCUAUGUACUCCAAAUGUGGGGUCCCUCGAGAAGCGUAUCGAGCAUUUUUUGAGGCGACUCACAAAGAUCUUUUGUCUUGGACAUCCAUCAUCGGGGUUUGUGCGAGGUUUGGGAUGAUGGAGGAGUGUGUGAAGUUGUAUAGAGAAAUGCAGGAAAACGAAANUACUUCUUUUAGAAUAGAUUGA